GCGCCAGUGGGCUGGUUCGCUGUCCCUUGGUACGCGGAGUGAUUAUCAUUCGUAGCAUCUUUCACGUAGUUCGUUCGCGUUCCCGUGAUCCUCGCGUUGAAUCUCGUGUCGUGCGGCGUCGCGUAUCAGCGUUGUAUCACGCUAUUCACGCGUCAUCAUAGUAUAUCGCGCGUUUUGCAAUAGAUACAACACUUCGGGCGCUCUCUCGGAUUGAUCGAUCGCGCGAAGUUGGCCGCGAACGACCCAGGGUUGGCGCUUCUUUCGCGGCACACCGACGAUCCUUUGCGCCGUCACGAUGUCGUCCGUCUGGCGCUUCUCCUGAUACUGAACGACCGCAUCCCAUGAUGGAGUCGCCGUUUUGAGACGAGCAAGACAGAUAUUGUCUGAUAUACCAGUCGCGUCACAUGAUAUUCGCUGAACAGUGUAAUCGUCAACGUCGUGACAUUGAUGCACGGAGGACUUGGUAUUCAGUAGAGGUGUUUUCUGCGAUUCGACGAUUCCAGCUGUGAGAGUUAACGACGGGAUGACGGACGAGUGCAGCGAGGCCGUCAAGUCCGCAGGGCCGUCCUCCCCGAGGAGUCCCCAGAGCGGCAGCACCAGUGGGAAGCCCGGCAGUCCGCGCUCCCCCAGGCAACCGAGACGCGUGAAACUAACGCAGCAACAAUUAGACAGCUUGACUAAGGACGAGCUGGCGGCCAAAUGGCAUGAACAGGACUUGUAUGUGGAGUGUCUAGAAACCCAGGCGGCAGCUCAGGAAGGUGAACUAGCUUCAUUGAGAGAAUCUGAAAACAAGUACAGACAACAAUAUAUAGAAGCAUCUCAUAGGGAGAAGAUCUUAGUAAGGAGACUUGCCUCUAAAGAGCAAGAAAUGCAAGAAUACAUUAAUCAAAUAACUGAAAUGAAAACCACCCAAGCUCCGUCCGCAGCUGCAUUAAGAUGUGCUCUCUUAGAUCCGGCUGUUAACAUAUUAAUACAGAAAUUGAGGCAAGAAUUAAUAACGACCAAGGGCAAGUUGGAAGACACACAAAAUGAAUUAAGUGCAUGGAAAUUCACUCCGGACAGUAAUACUGGGAAACGAUUAAUGGCAAAAUGUAGAUUAUUGUAUCAAGAAAAUGAAGACCUCGGUCAUAUGAUUGCCAGUGGACGUAUCGCUAAGUUGGAAGGUGAACUCGCACUGCAGAAAAGCUUUAGUGAAGAAGUGAAGAAGUCGCAAUCAGAAUUAGACGAGUUUUUACAAGAUUUGGAUGAAGAUGUGGAGGGCAUGCAAAGUACGAUUUACUUCUUGCAACAAGAAUUGCGCAAAGCUCGAGAGUCCGUGACGUUGCUGCAGCAAGAGAACGCAGGAUUGAGAGCGAAUACAAACGAGAAUAAUUUGACCAACGGUUUAUCGCCCCACACACCACCGAUUAAAAAGGAGGAACCGGAAGAAACUGCGAUACCAGACGUUAAAUCUUCGAUACCUCCCGUAGAGAACAGUGAUGUGUGCAAAGGCGCGAGGACUUCGCCUUUAACGUCAUCGCAGACCGAGUUUAUAAGUGUUGAAAGAACAGAAUGCGCGGAGAGAAAACUCAGUCAAGCCGAUCACAAUGACGAGAGCUCGAGCGAUUCCGCGGCGUUAAUUAUCAAAGUCGAGAACGAGGACCUCAGUGAUCGCGAGGAGGAGCACGAGGAGAGUCGGAACAAACGGAUGUUACGGAGUAAAAAUCACAACCGGAACAGUGGUAAAUCGAACGGAGAGGAAGUGGUGACGCGAACGACGCGGGGUAGGGACCGGACAAAAAGGGAGAAAAGUGCAGCCAGUAGUGAUGAUGAAAGGACGCACAAGAAGAAACGACGGGAGAGUAUUCUUUCUCUCGAUUAUAACGAAGCCGACGAUGACGCGUUAGUUUUAACUAAUGGCGAGACGCUGCAGAGUGAUCCGGAAUAAACGGUCGGCUAUAGAUUAAUUUCGUACAACAUUAACCAUAUUGAUGAUUGAGAUUCGCGAAUAUGAUUUCAUAUUUUCUCGUUACACCUGUGCAAAACUUUUUAUCUGAAGUAAAAUAAUGUCGACUAUUCACAAACAGCGUUCGAAUAAAAACGAAUGAUUAGCUAUAAAGAAGUGUAAUUUCAGUACCUGUAUUCGUGAUAAUUUCAAAUGGAAAUACAUUGGUCUCUAAGAAAGGAAAUAAUAAAACUUGUAAAUAUUUAUACACAAUUAAAAUUCACGAGUCCCGUUUAUGUCAUUCGCGAGUAAUCACGUUAUAACUUAUAUUGCAGAGAUGCGUGUUAGACAAAUCUGUGAGUAGAUUUGUUGUUUAUAAUUUAUAACAGCCAAACGCUGUAUAACAAAAA